AGGCUGCGUCGUAGCCAUAGCAACAGCCAGAGCGUACCUAACGCCAGGAAGAAGUCAGUAAACAUUUCUAGUAUUUUAUGAUUAUAUUCGCCUUCAUUCCGAGAGAGACCAUUGACUAUGGGAGACAAAGACAGAUCUAUGGAGGCGGAGCAGGAGGGGGAGAAGGAAAUGAAGAUGGUUCUUCACUGUCCUCUGAUCUACCCACUGCCUGAAGAGAUAGAAAAGAUGCAGCGCAGUGAGACGGUGUGUAGUUACUGCGGUGUGAGCUACCUCAUUUUCCAUGAGUUCCAUCAGCUACACACCCGGCUGGCUCAGUCGGAGGCUGAGCUGCAGCAACUGAGGGAGGCUGCCCAGAGGGAGCAGGCCCAGCGAGAGGUGCUGGAGCUUGGCAGGCUGGAGUGGGAGAGGGCAUUUCACCUGGAGGUGCAGAGACAGGCGGAGGAGAAAGAGAAAAGCACAAGAGAAGAGCUAGAAGAGAGCAUCAAAGCCACGGAGAGAACUCUGAGAGAGGAGUUUGAACAGAAGAAUGAGAGGAUGAGGAGAGAGAUGAAAGAGGAGUAUCAGAAAAUCAGUGAAGGAAAAGAGAGACAACUUAGAAGAGAGCUGGGAGACUUAGAGGCGGAGAGACUGGGGAAGCAAAGAGAGGAGCUGGAGAGGGGGACCAAGGAGAGAGAGAAAGUUCUGAUUGACGCACUUCAAAAGGCCAAUAAAAAAUUAGACAAGCUGAGAAAACAGCUGGAAGAGAGACUGGCAAUAGCAGCUUCCACGAAGGAGGAGGCGGAGCAGUUACUCGGAAAAGAGAAGCAGCAAGGUGAAAUUCUCAGAGUUCUGUGUGAGCGGCAGCAGCAGGCCCUGCGAGUGACCCUGUCCACGCUCCGCUCCUCUGGCUGUGAGCUAGCAGAUGUACAGGGUUUCCUCCGCCAGCUGAUGGGGGCCUGGCAGGCCUUCAGAUCUCAGAUACUGCAGCACAGCACACAGGUGUUCUCAGUGAUGAGAGAGGAGCUGAAGCAUUCCAGUGUGGAUUGUCAGAAAAUGAGAGAAGAGAAAGAGCACCUAACUCAGCAGCUGAUGGAGCAGCAGAGACAGAAAGAGGAGCAGCUGUGCCAACAGAAAGUGGACAGAGAAAAACUACUCAGGUUAAAAGGGGAGUUGGAGGAGAAACAUGAGAGGUGGUUGUCAUGCCAACAAAGGUGCGACACCGUACAGGAGCAGCUGUUGUCAUGGCGGCACAGAGAGGAACAAAUGAACAGGAAGUGCAGCGCAGCUGAAGAGGAAGUGACACAACUGAGGGAAGCUCUGGAGGAGGUCCAGCAGGAAACAAGAGAGUUGAGGAGAGAAAGGGAGAUAUUGACUGAGUUACAUGGCAGAACCCUGACCAAGAUGGAGGAAGACUGCAGACAGCAAAUAGCCUCAAAGCUGGCUGCUGCCCUGGAAGAGCAGCGAACCCAGAAUGCAUUGCACCUGAGGGAGCAGAUGGAGGAGCUCCGCAGGGAGGCGGAGUUAGAGCUGACAAUUGACAGGGAGAAGAACCAACUGCUGCUUCAACAGUACCAGCGAGACAGCACACAACUUCAGCAGAAGCUGAAGGAAAGAGAGCAGGAGCUGCGAGGACUGCAGGAGGAGCGAAGGAGCAGAGUGGAACAGAGGAAGAUGAGAGAGGAGGAAAUACGCCAGGAGCUGCAGCACUCCCAACAGCAGGAGGCACUACAGCUGAGCCAAGCUAAAGCUGAACUACAGCUGAUGACUGAGAGGAAUGCUGAACUACAAGAGGAGGUGGUGUUCCUCCAGGAGACAGUAAGAAGGGAGUGUGAGGAGAGGGAGGAGCUGACUGCUGCUCUGUCUCAAGCUCAAGAGGAGCUCCUUGGGCUGCGAUCCCCAGCGUCUCAUCAGGGCUUCUCCAGGUCUCCUCCGAACCCCAUGGAGAGACACCCCCCACUGGGGAACAAGCAUUUCCAUCUCCAUAGUCAAGCCCGGGUACCUCUCACUCGCUCUUUGAACUCCCCAAAUACACUCCGACCCUCCCCUGCCAGCGCAGACAAAGACACAGGCUGGGGCACAGAUGGAGGAGGAGCAGGGAGGAGUUUGGAGUCCUGGAAUCGUGAUGGGGUGUUAGCUGGAGAAAAGAAGCGAGAGGGGACACUGCCCAGACUAAAAGCGAGCAGCACAGUGAGCGAAGUCAAACGUAAGGUCAGUUUAGUAAUGGAGAGGAAAGAGAGACUGUAAAGAGCAAUCCGGACCAUGUGUGUAUUAAACAUUUACUGCACCUGUUCAAAAUAAAACAUAAUUUUAGUGUU